AUGGCCCCUCCUCUGGUUGGCCAGCACCCAACCGGCGUCCCAGAGGAGGGUAAAGAGGGGUCAAGCAGUACCACUGGCCCCUCGGGCUUCGGCCCAGAACCUGCCCCAACCGACCAGGCCGACCACCUGCCGGCGGUUGAGGGCUCGGAACGAUCAUUGGACAUGGACUUCUCGAGCUUCUCGAACUGCAGCUCCAGUACGAGUGAAGAGCACUCCACGCUGCACGACGUCCCCUCGAUAAGGUCACUUGAAGUCUUCGAUGAGGGAGCAGCCUGCGAUGAGACGUUAGCGGAUCAAAACGACCGCCUCCGAUUUCAAAGAGACUUCUGGAAGACCCAAUGCCGCACACUUUGGGAACGACAAGAGACGUUCGAGAAGAAGGUCAAGUUCUACCAAGAAGCCCUGGUAGAGGCGGAAGUUGAGGCCAAGAAGGCCAAAGAAGCAGCCUCCGUCGCCACAAAAAAGGCCGAAGAAGAAAGGGCACUGAAGGAAGCGGCAGAAAAGGAAGUCGCCGAACUGCAAGCCCGCCAUCGGCAACACCUUCGGACAGCAGUCGCCGACGGCCGGCCACCAAGGGCCGAAAGAUCGAGAUCCAGAAGCCCGCUGAUGACGCUGAGGACAGCGUGGUCAAUAACGCCGACAACAGCAGAGAUCCUAAGGAUCGAAGUCACCCAGCCCCCAGCGACCCAACACCCGCCGCCACCCGCAGAUCAGGGAUAUGAGGUCCAAGAACAAAACCACGAGGCUCCUGGGCCUUUGCGAAGAAUGGCGAAGUGCAAAAGGCGAUGUUGUUACCAGCCCUCAGCCGACCCUCAACGGCCUCGGCCCCCGCGAAGGUCGAGGGAACUUCAAGGACUUGGUCCAGUGCUUCAAGAAGAGGAUAAUUGCCCAGACGAACACACGCCACGAAGACGCCCACGAAGAGAAAGAAACCCUCCUUCACGGCUCAUCGUGGACAUGUCAAGCCGAUCGUAUCGGACUUCACAAGAGCCCAGGCUGCCUCGUAAGUCAAUUUUUUCGAUAUCUUUACCAUUUUUACCCAAAAGCCCUUCAAAAAUUAUCAAUUUCGCAUUUUUUCAAACGCUAUAUUUACUAUCCCAAUUUUAAUCAAUAACAUCAAGAUUUUUUUCAGAUCGAAGAAUAGUAAAUCCAUACUAA